GACUUUCCCUCAGCCCAUUGCAAAGGCUAGCCCACUAUGCGGAGCGCAUCCCUCCAAGCUUUGCUGCUGUCCGGUGCAGCUAUUGUUCCACUUGCUACCGCCGCGGAAUCUUCUCGCCCUCGUGGAGUUGGCCCGGAAUUUGCAAAGUUCUACAAGGACCCUGACCAUUUUACUUGCAUCUCCAACCCCUCCCUCCAGCUCUCGCUGUCGCAGAUCAACGACGAUUACUGCGACUGCCCCGAUGGCUCCGACGAGCCUGGCACCGCCGCCUGCUCUUACCUCUCUCCACUUUCCCCCCACUCUGCGGACGACAUCACCAGUGAUGAUAUAAAUACCACAAUUGCCUUGCCCGGGUUUUAUUGCAAGAACAAGGGUCAUAUUCCAAGCUACGUCCCGUUCACAAGCGUCAAUGAUGGCAUUUGUGACUACCAGGCUUGUUGUGAUGGCAGUGAUGAAUGGGAAGGGGUAGGUGGUGUCAAAUGUCCCGAUAAGUGUAAGGAGAUUGGCAAGGAAUGGCGUGCUCAGGACGAGCAGAGACAAAAGUCAUUGAGUGCCGCCAACAGGAAGAGGAAGGAGCUCGUAGCGGAGGCCGCUAGGCUGAAGAAAGAGGUCGAGGACCGCAUUUCUACGCUUGGAACUCAGGUUGAAGGCCAUGAGAUCAAAGUUGCCAAUCUGCAGAAGGAACUUGCUGAAACGGAAAGGCGGGAGAGGAGCAAGGUUGUCAAGGGGCCCAAGGGUGGUGACAAGGCCUCUGAGCUGGCUGGUCUGGCUCGUCAAAGGAUGGAUGAGCUCCGUGAGUCUCUAAAGAGGGUGCGCGAGGAGCGUGAUUCCACCCGUGAGAGAGUCAAGCAGCUCGAGGAGGUCCUCUCUCGAUUCAGCGAAGAGUACAACCCCAACUUCAACGACGAGGGCGUCAAACGCGCCGUCAAGUCUUGGCUGGAUUAUGCCGCCAGCGGCAAGGCCCCGGACACCGAUGCCGCACGCGAGCGUGACCUUGACCAAGCCUUGAAAGCCGACAGCGAGAACGGCCUCAAGUGGGAGGAUUUCGAAAACCUUGGGCAAGUCGAGGCAGAGCUGGUCUACCAAUUCGAGGAACUUCUUCCUGAGCCCCUUCGCAGCUGGGUUGACCAGAAGCUGCGCGAUGCCCGCGUGUGGCUGAUUGAAAAUGGCUUGCUUGCCGACAACAAGGAAGCGACUGGCACCGAGUCCAAGGAGGUGACAGAAGCCAAAUCGCGCCUCAGCUCGGCCGAGAAAGACCUUAACAACGACCGUAAGGACCUUGAGAAUCACAAGAGCGAUCUCGAAAAGGACUAUGGUGAGGAUGGUGUGUUCCGCGCACUCAAGGAUCAAUGCAUCAGCCAAGACAGCGGUGAGUACACGUACGAACUCUGCUGGAUGGGCAAGACGACGCAGAAGCCGAAGAAGGGCGGUGCAAACACUGGAAUGGGCAACUUUGCGCGCUUUGAGACCGUCACCGUUGAUGAGGACGUAAGCCCUGACGGCAAGGGCCUGGGCUCCGGCGAGCGUAUCGCUCUUAAGUACGAGAACGGCCAGCACUGCUGGAACGGACCGAACCGGAGCACGACCGUUAUCCUGGCCUGCGCCGAGAAGGACGAGAUCUGGAAGAUCAGAGAGGAGGAGAAGUGUGUGUACAGGAUGGAGGUGGGCACACCGGCGGUGUGCAAGGCUCAGGCCCAAGCCCAAGCUGCCGCGCAGGAGAAAAAGGUCAGGGAUGAGCUAUGAGGGUACGGAAUAAGCUGAGAGACGAGUCAUGAGGAUGCGGUGUUGUUGCGUAGAUUAUCAGCCAUCUGUGGAUAUAACUAGACGAGAGAGGCCUUGCGAUGCUAGAAGGCGCGGGUACGUACGAACAAUCCUUGGUUUGCACGCAGCGCAAACGACGCCCCGCCA